AUGAGGAAAAACGUGUUACGUUUGUGCGUUUUUGUAUUUCUUUUGGAAUUCUACCGAGGGGACUGCAUCAUUGUGGUGGUGCCGGAAGAUGUGCCGGCUGGGUUUGCGGCUAUCUACGGGUUCUCACCUAGGCUCAUGAUCGGCAAAGACCACCGCGUGGGUUUCGGGUUCAGAUUCGGCAACCACGCCGACUUCCAAGUCAUGUACGAGUUGGGUCCGCAACUAGUCACCAGGCAGCUGCAGCCAGUCAAAAUAAGAUCAGCCUCGUAUCGGGAGAGCGUGGUGAGACAGCGCCCUCUGUUGCAAUUCCUCAUCAACCUAGGACUCGUGAAGAAGGUCUCUUACAACUAUGACGUCACCGAUUACGAAGUUGAUAAUGAGCCUAGAUAAACUAUAACACUCCAUUUUCCAACGACAACCGAAUUUGUUUUCAA